AUGGAAAUGUUGGCAUUUAAUUCUCCUGCAAAACAACAUGUCGGAUUAAGCAAUGGCUUUUGUUUCUUUCUUGAACUAUCCACGUGUUCUCAUUAUCUAUCUUCUAUUCAUUUAUCUAUCUAUCAUUCAUCUAAGUCUCUUCAUCUAUCUAUCUAUCCGUUCAUCUAUCUCAUCUAUCUAUCUAUUCAUCUAUCUAUCUAUCAUAAGUCUAUCUAUCUAUCUAUCUAUUUAUCUAUCUGUCUCUUCAUAUCUAUCUUCUCAUUAUCAUCAUUCAUUCAUCUAUCUAUUUCUAUCUAUCUAUCUAUCUCUGUUGUCUCCGUUCAUAUCUACCUGAGUGUUCUCAUUAUCUAUCUAUCUAUCUAUUUAUCUAUCUAUCUAAGUCUCUUCAUAUCUAUCUCAUUAUCUGUCUCCGUUCAUAUCUACCUGAUCUCUUCAUAUCUAUCUAUCUAUCUAUCUAUUUAUCUAUCUGUCUCCGUUCAUAUCUACCUGAGUGUUCUCAUUAUCUAUCUAUCUAUCUAUCUAUCUAUCUAUCUAUCUAUCUAUCUAUCUAUUAUUAUCUAUCUGUCUCCGUUCAUCUAUCUAUCUAUCUAUCAUCUAUCUAUAAUUAUCUAUCUAUCUCAUUCUGGACACUACCUAAAUUAUCAUAUUUUCUAUUGA